AUGUUGCUCAAAACGUUUGCGCCGAAAGUGGCCCAUUUGCCAUACAGAGCAGCUGCUCAAUAUGCUAGACCUCUUUUGUCUCGCUCUUUCCACCAACAAAACGCUAAUCUUCAAGCUGGAUCCUCAAUCCCUGCCGAAGCGGCUGAUGCGGCUGCUACUGUUCUCUCAGACAAGAGGGACUACGAGAAAUUAGAUCACAAGGCCACAUGGUUAGAUGCAUUGAAGGAACGCGAGAGACAACUCGCGGACGGCAAAGUUCUUGAUUCAUUCGUGUACAUGAACCCAAAGACAACCGAGGUUGGAGAGAAGACCAGAGCGGAAUCCUUUUCCUACCUCCUUCUUCCCUUCAAAGAUGACAAGUUUCUUUGUGAUGCAUACAUCAAUGCUUUUGGGCGUUUGAGAGCAGGACAAUUGUUCCAGGACUUGGAUGCUUUGGCUGGAAGAAUUGCCUACAGACAUUGUGCUCCUGCCGAGCCGGUGAAUGUCACGGCUUCUGUUGACAGAAUCUACAUGGUUAAAAAGGUGGAUGAAAUUCACAACUACAACUUUGUGUUGGCAGGUUCCGUUACCUGGACUGGUAGAUCCUCCAUGGAGAUUACUGUCAAGGGUUAUGCAUUUGAAGAUCUGGUACCAGAGGAAGUGACCGAGGAUACCUUACCAAAUGAGAACGUGUUUUUGUCUGCCAACUUCACUUUCGUUGCUAGAAACCCAGUCACUCAUAAGUCCUUUGCUAUCAACAGGUUGCUUCCUGUGUCCGAAGAAGAGUGGUUGGACUAUAGAAGAGCUGAGUCCUUCAACGCCAAGAAGAAGCUUGCUGCGAAGAAUAAGGAAAUCAUCCAACCCACAGACGAGGAAAACAGACUUGUCUACGACAUGUGGAGAGCUUCUAAAAGCUUGACACAAUCUCUGAACGAGAACUUUCAAUUUAUGAAAGACACUAUCAUCACUUCGACUUUGUUCAUGCAACCUCAAUACCGUAACAGGCAUUCAUAUAUGAUUUUUGGUGGUUACCUUUUGAGACAAUCCUUUGAGUUGGCUUAUUGUGCUGCGGCGGCAUUCUCUUCUGCUGGACCACGUUUCGUUUCUUUAGAUUCCACCACAUUCAAGGCUCCUGUUCCUGUUGGCUCUGUCUUGUCGAUGUCUGCUAACAUCUCUUACACUGAGCAUCUCCAUGACAAGGAUUUUGACUACGCCAGUGAAUCUCCUUUCAACUUACCUGCUACUAAUGUUAUUAUGAACAGCCCAGAUGCAUUCUUGCUGGAGCCUGGUACAUUAGUGCAAGUUAAAGUUGACACAACAAUCAAGAACUUGGAUUCGGCAGAAAAGAAGGAGUCUGGAUGCUUCAUUUACUCCUUUUUUGUUCCUAGAAGCUCAUACCCAGAAGGCAAGCCUCAUUAUGCCAAUGUCGUUCCGCAAACUUACUCCGAAAUGAUGGAAUAUGUUGCCGGUAGAAGAAGAGCUCAAGACACAGCUAACUACGUGGCCACUCUCGCCGCUUCUAGAAAGUAA